AUGCUGCUGCCGCCUAAGCGAGAGGUAGAUGAGCUAGACACAGCAGCAGCAGCAGCAGCAGCAUCAGCAGCAGCAGCAGAUACUGCUGGUGCAUCUCCUGCUGCAGCAGGUAUAAAGCCUGACAGCGAUGCAGCAGCAGCAGCAACAGCAGCAGCAGCAGCAGCAGCAGAAACAAAGCAACCGGGAAUAGCAGCAUCUGCCCAACCACCCCCCGCAUCCCCCCCACCACCAGCAGCAGCAGCAGCAGCACCGCAGCAGCAUCAGCAGCAGCAGCAGCAGCAGCAGCAGCUGGUAUCUCUGAACGCAGAAGAAGUGCAGCAAAAGCUGCAGAGGUUGUUUAGUUUAUGGGGGGGAGGAGAAACGAAUGCUGCUGCUAGCUGGCUAUACACCCCAAUCAUUUUUGUUUUUGUCGGCCGUGCUGCUGAUGAAGAUGAUAGUGCAGCAGAGAGAAUGCAGUAA